GCCGUACGUGUCCCUGGCCUCUUCCCCUCAGUGAAACCUCCGAAGUUCGCCUCCUCUCUCCUUCUCCCACCUUUUCUGCCCUGCUGGAGGUUCGCUGCAGGCCGGGCUUCACAUCGCCCAGCAGCGGCUCAGAUGUCACUGUUCGCCGUUGUCAGGGUGACCGGCAGUGGAGCGGGGAUGAGCUCAUCUGCACAGAGACUCGGUCACCUGAACGCACUUCGGCCCGAAUGUGCUCUCUGCCCACAGAGGUGACCGACACCUUCAGCAUCCACGGUGACACCAGCGUAGGGAGCUCAAUCCACUACAGCUGCCUGUCUGGGGCAGGAAUAGUUGGGACGAGUGAAAACUUCUGUCAGGAGAAUCGAACCUGGCUGUUUCCUCACCCCACAUGUAAAAGGCUGUUCUGCCAGCCACCGCAGGAAGUGAAGCAGGGCUACGUGGUUGCAGUUCAGAAGGCUGAGUAUGAGGUGGGAUUUGACAUCCACUAUCUAUGCAGGAAGAACUACCUGCUGGACGGACCCCAGAAGAUCACCUGCCUGUCAAACGGCAGCUGGAGCGCAUCGCCGCCACACUGCAGAGCUCGCUGUGUCAUUCCCGCCGAGAGGAGCCGUGUGGUGAUUGGCGGCAUCAAGCGCUGGCCGUUUGAUAUAACGGACGCUGUGGUGCCCCACGGGGAAAAUGUGACAUUUUUCUGCAAACAUCCCCGGAAACACUGCAGCUUCACCGCAGCUCAGACCUGCUUUGAUGGCAAGCUGCAGACCCCUGCAUGCUACCUUGAGCCCACAUGGUUGCAGUAUAAACUCUUCCCCCAUCGGCUGGUUUCAGAAAUCGAAGCGUGUGAGCCUGGCGAUGUGGAGUGACGACAUGCACCCGGUCCACACACAUCGUUGUGACCACACGCCGCAGCUUCAACGGCUGAUGUGCUUUGAUUAUGGUUUGUUAGAUGCUGUCUGUUAGAUUUAUCACAGCUAAUGUGAAUCAGCUCUGGUACUCGAGGCCUCGUGGGUUUGAACGCUGCUCUCUGCUUUUGUCUUGCACGCUGUCAAUAAAAGCGUAAUUAUGCAUAGAAUAAUUAUAAUCAAGCAGAGCCUUCAAGUGUUACUUCAGUCCUCCUCCGGUGUCGAGGCGGCCCACUCUGCUUUAGGCCUUUAGGAUGAUGUAAGCACAUUAGUUUAAACCAGAGCCUAAUUCCUGACUUGACUCUGUGGUGUUCUACUGUGGCCACGCCCAACGCGCCAUAUCCUGAGGCUUGUAAGGUUUAAAAUGUGAGUUUUAAAAAUAAAAAUCAUGUGGAUAAUG